AUGAGCGGCUACCAGAACGGCGAGCGGCCCGUCCGCCUCGACGAUGACAGCGAUGUCGAGGAGGAGGCCCUCGUCAACGACUACAAGGAGCAGGUCCAGUACGAGGACGGCAUCGGUGAGGACCUCGAGCAGACCAACUCCCUCAGCUUGGCUCAGCAGACCGACGACAUCCAGUCGCGUCUUGCCGCCGCCGCCCAGCCCCUCGACUUCUCCGCACCUCUCGAUGUCAAGUUCCAGAGCUACGACUCCUACUGCAGCCUGUUCCACUUCAUCCUGAACAGCGAGGGUCCCGUCGACCUUGAGCCCCCUUCUUACUACUGGGCUUGGGAUGUCAUCGAUGAGUUCAUCUACCAGUUCAACUCCUUCUCCUCCUACCGCAUGCGCAUCGCUCGCCAGGCUUCCAACGAGGAGGAGAUGCAGGUCCUGAAAGACAACCCGAACACCUGGGGUUGCUACAGCGUCCUCAACGUCCUCUACUCGCUCAUCCAGCGCUCCCAGAUCACCGAGCAGCUGGCCGCCAUGCGCCGUAACGAGGACCCCAUGGCCGUCGCUGGCGAGUACGGCUCCAAGAACCUGUACCGCAUGCUCGGCUACUUCUCCAUUAUCGGCCUGCUGCGUGUCCACUGCUUGUUGGGUGACUUCAGCCUCGCCCUCAAGACGCUCGACGACAUCGAGCUCAACAAGAAGGCCAUGUUCGCUCGCGUCAUGGCCGCCCACUUCACGACGUACUACUACGUCGGCUUCUCCUACAUGAUGAUGCACCGCUACGCCGAUGCCAUCCGCAUGUUCAACCACAUCUUGGUCUACGUCUCCCGUACCAAGAACUUCCAGAAGAACGCCCAGUACGACUCCAUCACCAAGAAGAACGACCAGAUGUACGCCCUCAUCGCCAUCUGCGUUGCCUUCCACCCCACCCGUCUCGACGACACCAUCCACUCCGCGCUGCGCGAGAAGUACGGUGACCAGCUCCUCAAGCUCCAGCGCGGUGGCCCCGAGUCCCUGCCCAUCUUCGAGGAGCUCUUCCGCGCCGCCUGCCCCAAGUUCAUCUCUCCCGUCCCCCCCGACUUUGAGAACCCCGAGUCCAACAUCGACCCUGUCGAGCACCACCUCGCCAUCUUCAUGGACGAGGUCAAGACCAACAUGUGGAGCCCUACCGUCAAGUCCUACCUCCGCCUCUACACCACCAUGGACCUUAACAAGCUGGCUGGCUUCCUUGAGGUCAAGCCUGACGAGCUCCGCUCGUGGCUUCUUGUCAACAAGCAGCGCACCAAGCAGCUGCGCUGGACCGACGGCAGCCUGUUGGACGGCGACCUGGUCAACGUCAGCGACCUGGACUACGCCAUGCAGGGUGAUCUGAUCCACAUCUCCGAGGCCAAGGUCGGACGCAAGCUGGUGGACUGGUACCUCCGCAACCUGUCCCGCACAUACGCUUGA